CUCGCGGGCAGCUGACUUUCGCGUUUCAUGCGUGUGUUCAAUUUGUGUUUAAGUGUGCGUCUUUAGCCCAGCCGGAAAAAAACUUUACAACUUGCUGAGCAACCUAUAGUAGUGUUUUUAUAAUAGUAAACUAAUUAAAAGUAGCUAAGUCAUAAUAUGAAUAAGGAGGAAGACUAUGCCUCAGACAGCGAUGAAAGCGACGAGGAUUUUUGCCUAGAAAACGAGCAAGAUGCGGAUUCCGGCGAGGAGGAAGAAGAAGACAGCGAAAGCGAAUCGGAUAAUGAAGACGACGCCGAAGAAGGCAGAAAACCCAGCAAAACAGCAAAAGGCAAAAAGAAAGACAAAGUGAAGAAAAAAAAAUUAAUAGAUACAGAAAAUUCCGAGUCGGUCCCAACACGCAGCACACGUCAAACCGAGCCUAAAGUGAAUGGACGCAAAGUUGCGGAAAAGGAUGAAUUGGAAUCCGAUGAGGAAGUGGACAAAUCGCGUUCCGAUGCUCUCUGGGCUGACUUUUUGGGCGAUGUCGGUGCCAGCAGCAAACCCGCUAUAAAGGAAGAGGAGAAAUCUUCCUCGGCAAAGCAAGCGCAGAGCCCCCCGAGCAAACCCGUUAAACCGGCAACAGAGAUUCUUGACUUUGCCGGCGAACAAGUGAUUGUGGCUAAARGCAAUUCCAGUUCCAGUUCCAGCACCAGUUCCAGUUCGAGUGCCAAGGAGAACCAACAGCAGCCGGCAGCCCCGCUGACUAAAUCGCCAGCUCCGCGCGGCUUCGCUGCCAUCAAACGACCCGCCGCCAAUGGAGGUGUAGUUGGUGGUGGCUUGGGCUCUCUACUGAAUCAGCUGGGUAAAAAGAAGAAAAUGUCGGUGCUGGAAAAGUCGCAGCUAGACUGGAAAUCCUUCAAGAGCGAAGAAGGCAUCGACGAGGAACUGCAAACACACAAUAAAGGCAAAGAUGGUUACUUGGAACGCCAGGACUUUUUGCAGCGCACCGAUCUGCGGCAAUUCGAGAUUGAGAAAAACUUGCGACAAACGCGACGUCAGAACUAAAAGGAGAACUCAUUCUCAUCCUCGCACCAAUACUUUCCACACACACACACAUUCAUGCUCGCAUUGUCCACACACACACACACAC